AUGAAGGAGCUGAUGCAUCUAGGGAUUGGGAAUGACAACUCUGAAUCAGUUUUUCCAAACUUGGAAAUUCUAAAUGUGAACAAUUGUGGCAGAUUAAAGAAUCUAACUUCAUCCAUAAUAUCAUUUCGGAAUCUAACCACUUUACACGUAGCAAAUUGUGAGGGACUAAAAUACUUAACAACUUAUUCGGUGGCUAAAUGUUUACACAAACUCAAGAGCUUGGAAGUUGAGAAUUGUGAAAGCAUGAUAGAGAUAGUGGCAAGCAACGAAGAUGAAGAAGAUUCAAGAAAUUAUUAUGAGAUUGCUUUCAGCUGCUUGCAACAUUUGAAACUUUAUUAUCUACCAAGUCUGCGAGGCUGUUGCUCAUCAGGAAAUUGCACUGUUAGAGUCCCAUCCUUAAACUCUUUAAUUGUCAAGGAAUGCCUGAUUGAGUUGGAGAUUUCCCCUGAUGGGUCACUGAGUCAAAGUGGUUCAAGACCAGAAAGACAACAAAUAAUAGAGGAAGUGGAAGAAAAAGAAGAAGAAGAAGAUGAUGGCAAUGAAACGGGAGGAAUGACGCAGCUGAUUGCCCAUACAAAUUAA